AUGUUGAUGGAUUGUGGUGCAAUUGGUGUACAACAUGUUGUUCCACAACAACAACAAAAUCAACAAUAUUUCACAUUCAGAGAUCGUAAAAAAUCAUGUGGUUAGUUUAUGGGAUACUGUACUUUGAUGUGAUACUGUAGAAAAUUUCUUAUCGCUUUUUUUGCGAAAUUGGAUGUUUGGAGUGUAUUGUAGUUUGGCUGUCUUUUGGACUUCAAAAAAAAUUUGAAUGAAUAAUUUGAGCAAAAAAUCCCAUAGAUUAUUAAAAAAAAAAUAAUGAUUUAUAUAUUUUUUCUGGGAAAUUCAUGUUUUUUAAAGAUGGAAAUCAUAUUUUGUGUCCAAUUUGUUAUGAAUAUCUCUAAGUUUUUCAACUUUUCAGGACAAAGUCAAAGUUCAACAAAAAAAUGGAAUGUUAGGAUUUUGAGGAUCAUUAGAAACUUCAAAGUUUUGACAGAUUGUUGAAUAGAUAAUUUUGAAGAAGUGAAAUUAUUAUUUUGUAUUUGAUCUUCGCCGAGUAGUUUUCUAGUUUAGAUCACAAAAUUCCUAGUUGAAAAAUAUUUCAUAAAAUUUUUUUUAAUUUAAAUAAUACUCUUGAGGCUUACAUUUUUUGAAGUUUCAAAUUAUCCAUAAACUAAUUCUCAAUAUUUUCUAAAUUUGAAAAUAGUUUCUACCGUAUUCUUUGUAUUCUAUUUCAGUUUUUGUCCCAAUCCAAAGUACCCGCCAUCUCCAAAAAUCUGUUCUUUACUCUUUUCUCUGCGUCUCUUCCACUUUCGUAAUAUUUCGUCUCGUUUUUCACUGUCCAUAUAGUAAACAUGUACUUUUGCUCGAAAAUACGAAGGGCAUCUGAAAAGAGGGAUAGAGAAAAAAAGAGAAAAGCCUCGGGGUUACUGUAGAUUUUUUUGCUAUUUUUGAAAAAAUGCUCGAAUUAAUUCAAUCCCGGAUAUUUUUUGAAAACGAAAAAAAGCGAAAAAAACCAGUUGAUUGUGUCUCUCAUCAUUUUGGAGAGAGUUGUUUUUGAAAGAAGAAAAUAAGUAUUUAUGAGGAGGAAAAUGAAUGAAAAGUUUUUUGUUGGUUGUUUUUUCAAAAUACUAUUUACGAAAAUGGAAUAUUUUAAGACCUACUAAAGAAAAAACACAACAAAGAACAAAUCAGGAAAUGAAUUCCUAAAAAUUUAUUGUUCGAAACAAGGGCACGUAAAAUAUAAUUUCAAAGCUCACACAAUUUAUUGCAUUUCUAAAAUUUUUUCUAUAUGAGAAUCGUGUUAAUUUGUUUUGAGCCAAGAUUGUGAGAAAAAAAUUUGAAAAUUGAUAACGUCAUAAGUUUUUCAGGGAGCUUUCCUGCCCAUUUUACAAAGAAAUUUUGCUUUCAGAGUUUGUGCUCAAAAUUUUCAUUUCAUAACGUUUGUUUGUAACCAUUUCUUUCAAUUCAUUCCGGACACACGUUGCUCCUAUCGCUUUUAAAAUUCUCCAAUCUUCUCAGAUAAAAUCAUCAUUGAAACAUUUCGAAAUGUAUAAAAAUGGGCGUGCCAUGUUGUCAUUAUUUUUCCCGUUUUUUGCUGGUCUAGGAGGAGGGUACAGACUUAUACACACAGACACAUUUUUGUUGUUUACGUAAACAACAAAAAAAACGAGAAGAAGCAUGGAAAAAAGGAACACACCACAACAAAAACAACAUUCAUUCGCCUGCAGCAGGAAAAAAAGAGAAAAAAACUGGUCACUUUCUUUUUUUUUAUUCCUCUGUCCACUCUGCUGGUCAAAACAACAACAACAACAUCUGAUUAUUUCUGUUUUUAGUAGUAGUAUUUUUGAAUCAACAAAAUCUAUAUUUAUUCACUUUUUUUUUGUUUUUUGUAUGUUACUCAAACCAACAUUAUUAGCUGCCACUGCUGCUGCAAAUAGUAUGUUUUUUAAAUAAUUUGGAAUUGUAGAACUGGUUUUUUCUCGAUAAUUUGCUUUUAGCAAAUUCCUUUGACAGCUGAAAAAUGUUGCACUAAUAAAAACAUUUUUUUGAACUCUAAAUUUUUCCACGUUUCGUGAAUUCGAGUACCUAGAAAAAUCCGAUAUAGUUUACAUGGAAAAAAAAUGUGGGUUCAAUUUGAAAUUCCAUUUCCUGAUUUAUUCAACCUACAGUAAUCCGUUUCUGUCUAAAAGAAAAUGUAUCAGUUUUUUUGAUUUUUGCUCUAAUUUAUCACUUCAAUAAAAAUCAUCUAGUAGUCUAGACUUUACUUGACAAACAAUACAAUUUUGAUAAGAAAAUAUAACCGGAAGGAAGAAUUUUCAAAAACUAACAAACAAGCGAAAGUUUUUCAAAUAACUCAAAAAUAAAUAUGAAAAUAGGGAAAUAUGCACUUGAAAAUUAAAUGUAUUCGACAAAAACAUCGGGAACGGAAAAUUUUGCAAGUAGUUCAUGUUGCUCGAAAUAAAAAAAAUAGCUGGGCUGUAAAUUUUCAGACCUUUCCAAAACCGUAUCACUGAUAUCAAAUGUUUUCAGAUUCCGAUGAAUACCGUAAACGUUCAAACACUUUGCUUUCCCGAGGAUCUGAAAAAAGAUGGCCAAAACGAGAUAUGGGACCACAAUUUGAAUUGAGAUGUUGUGUUGAUCCAGAGGUAAUUCAAAUCUAUUUCUUCUUUUCCCCUAAUCAAAUUUUUAUUUUCAAGAUUCUUCGAAUUAAUGUUGAUCGUCAAUAUUAUUUCGAAGAUGACACUGUUCAUAAAAAUGGAAGUGUUUUUCAUAAACGAGAAAACUAUGAUAAUCUUUUGGCAAAUAUUCCAAAAUCAAAAUUCAACGGAAUUCACAUAAAAAUGGAAGAUGAUUGUCCACAAGGUGGAGAUGAUGUCAGAUUGUGUUUGUUGAAAUCACUUGGUGCACAUAAUCUCAGAAAUAUUCCAUGUGUUGGUUGUCAUGAUGAUUUGAAAGUUUAUGACAAAUAUCCACUUAUUGAUGGAACUUUUUAUAUUUCAACAGUUUCACAAUACGGUCCAAAAACUGAAAUUUCCUUAGAUGGUCGACGAUAUUUUCUUCAACAAUUAUGUGCCAAAUGUCUUUGGUCUGAUUGGUCAUGCAAAAAAUGUGGAAAAAGUGAGUUUUUUUGCCAUUUUCACCCCAAUACAAAUAAAUAGAUAUUGUUUAUUUGUUUUUUCCCCAACCAACUAUCACAACAAAUAUUUACUCGAAAUUUCAGAUGACUGGUUUGAUGGAAAAUCGUUUAUUUUGGGAACACUUUAUUAUUUUGACAUUUGUGAGUUAUUGAGAAAAAAAAAUGAAAAAUAGAAAAAUGAUUUUUUCAGUGUCAGCUGGAAGAUGUUGUUCACCAACUUGUGAUACUUGUCAAUCACCAAUUAUGGUCAGAGAUCAAAUGUAUCAACAACUUUUGAAUGUUAGUUUUUGUUCAUUAUUAAUUCAGGUAAAACACAAAACUAGGGAUAGGAACUUUGAAGUUAUCUUAUUCUAAAAAUUAAAUAAUUUAAUGUUAAAUUGAAGAAUUAAGGAAAUCUUCUCAGAACUUUUAUUAAUCUAGAUGAAUAUCCACAGUCAAAAUGAGUCAGUUUUUAAGUUCCUUUUUUAGCUUCAACUUCAAGAUUGUCAGUUUCAGAAAUACAAAUCCCACUAAUUACAAUUUAUCUUGAAGUUCUUGUUCAAUUAUUCUGAUCGAUGCUUUCUUAACUGUGCCAUCCCUUAUCUUGUUCAUUUUCAGUAAUCUCAUUUUUCUUCCAGGGAAACUACGCAACAAUAAAUGAGCCUCAAUCAUGUUCUUCAUGCGGUUCUCACAAAUUCCACCUCAUUCGAGAUAUCCAAACUUGUCAAAUCAUUGCGAAACCUCCAACCUAA